AUUGAUGCUCCGUAUACUCUCAUACCAGAAACGAUCGUAUGCAAGUCUAUAAUAUCUAUGGUUUGUCUACUGCUUGAUCAAAUAAAGCAAGCCACGCGAAGGAGAGCGCUAAUCAUCACUAAGCUGUGCUGUACACUGAGACAGAGUACUCCCCCUGACCAAGGUUAGUGUCAGCCACGCCCACUCACAGUGCACUAUGGGGUGGACACCAGCGGACAGUAUUGGAGUGGCCCUGUUCAACUAUGACGGUGGCAAUGGUUCUGAGCAUCUGUCUCUGACAGUUGGUGACCUAGUCUAUAUAAUGGAGGAGCACUCCGGCUGGUGCAGAGGGUACCUGUACUACCAACCCUCACAGAUAGGAUUGUUUCCAGCUAACUUUGUGGAGGUUAGGGAAAGUGUAUCAGCUGAGGUAGGACAACAUCAUCGUGUCAUCCCCAGUGGCAGUGAGGUGGCCUUAGAGGCAGCAGUAGCUCUCAAGGAGUGGCAGCCGAGACUAGUAGAGUACUAUGUGAAUGGUCAGUCUGACAAGUUCCACCAGUUACUGCACUCCAUGGAGUUCGUCAUGUCACAACGCAGGAACAUCAUACACAGCACUGCUACACUGGAUGUGCUGCAGUCAAUGAGGACCAAGCUGACUGCACAGAUUGACACCAUUAAUCAUCAGUUGGAAUGCCCUUUGACCCCUAGAGACUCUCAAGGAUCCAUUGUCAACUGUAGGAAAUCAAGUGCACAAAAACUGUUCCAAAUUCAUGAGGAGCGUGCCCGGGAACUAACGGCUAGAGUGACUCAGACUGGGUCCCUACAACGCAAGACCUCCCUCUCCUCAUUGGCACACUCUCCACACUUGUUCGUGCAGGUCAAUCACGUUGACCACACCUUCCCAGAGCCCUGUGAGAUCUACAUGUUCUUGUAUGAUACUGAUCAUACUAGACAACUGAGUGAGCGUCUGUACAUCAACAGUGAGGACAAGAAGUCCCCCUCUGAAAGACCAUGUGCCCUCUUCACUGACUUGAGUAUGGCUGAUGUGCAAUCACGCAAUAUCUUCCUCGUCUGUCAAAUCAUUCGCAAAGGAAAGAUGUUAUUGGACGAUAAAAAGAACAUUUCAGAGAGUUCAUUUCGUCGUCCUUAUGCUUGUGGCAUUCUCGAUGUUAGCUCUGUCUUGCAAUAUCAGCCGGAGACUGAGGCCACAGCUAUUCAGAAUGAGGAUCUCAACUCAUACAACCUGCCACUAUAUCUCUGCUCUGCCAACCACGAGAGUGACUUCUCAACCUUCCAUGACAAGAUAGUGGCCAAGAUGGGCGGCAAGGGAGGACAGAAACCAGGCUGCUCCAUUCUACUCUCACUCAAGUUAUUCCGUGGCGAGCUAUCGCAGCUGCAGAGAGAUUUUUCCCUCACCCUCACAAAGUCCAUGCAUGUCGUGCAUAAACUAGGGUUCCCUGAUAUCAUCCUACCAGGUGAUGUGCGUAAUGAUAUCUACGUAACGCUCGAGUGUGGACAGUUUGAGAAGGGACACAAAAGAGCUGAGAGAAAUGUGGAAGUAUCUAUCGAGGUCAUUGAUGGUGGCGGCCAAACUAUACCACGCUCCAUUAUCCUGGGAGCAGGUGCUCCACCGACUGGAGAAUACGAGUCAUUCAUAUUCUACCACAACAACUCUCCUCGUUGGAACGAAACCAUUAAGUUGUCCAUUCCCUUUGAGAAAAUACCUGACACACAUCUGAGGAUCACCUUCCGACAUGUUGCUAAGAAUGAAUCAAGAGAUAAAGCUGAGAAGACGUUUGCUUUCACUUACCUCAAGAUAAUGAAUGAUGAUGGCUCUAUCAUUAAGGACGGUCUACACGAGCUCUACGUCUACAAGGCUGAAGGUAACAAGAGAUGGUAUGAUCCGAAGGUCUACCUAUCAGAGCUGUCACGCAAAGAGGACAUCACACGACGAGGCUCUAAGUCACUAGGUCCUAGUAGGAACUUGUCAGUGAGUGACGUCAGUUUCAGUGGGAGCUCUAUGGUGGCAAGAAGCUUCAAGGAGUACAUCCAACUGUCCACCCUCACUUGUUCCACUAAGCUCACACAGAAGAUUGAGCUGCUUAUGUUGCUCAAGUGGCGUCAGCAGCAGCAUGACCUCGGUGUGGUGCUGACCAACCUCAUGUGUGUGGAUGGAGAGGAGGUGGUCAAGUUCCUCCAGGACACACUAGAUAGUCUGUUUGAGAUCCUCAACACUAAGCAAGAGGUGUACGGGGCUAAGGUCUUUGAUGUGCUGGUGUUUAUAUUCGGUCUGCUGUUGGAUGAGCGCUACCAGCACUUCACUACAGUGUUGGAUAUCUACAUCUCCAAACAUUUCUCAGCUCUCCUGUCACACAAGUUCCUAGUGUGGGCAUUCAGUAAGGACCUCCGAAAGCUCCCUCCAGUGGCAGACCAGCAUCAGCGCCUCAUCAGAGUGAUCAAAGCCAUGCGCUAUAUAUUCAGGUUCAUGGCUCAAUCACACAUUCUGUUUGCAAGACAGAAUAAACGUGAAGAUGAGACGUUCAAGGAAGAGUUGCGGGAAGUGUUCUCCAUCCUCUGUUCUCUCAUGUCCACUCAGGAAAAGACCACUAGAAAUAUCUGCCUCAUACAAAGUGCAGUGCUCAAGGACCUUCCUCACAUAUUGCCUGAGGUUGUGCAAGUCCUACCAGAGACUGAGUUAGCGAGCCUCAUCUCUCGAUUACUCAACUCUGUGCAUAACAGCUACGGCACUAUUCCUAGAGACAAGAUGGAGUUUGUACAGGCAGUCCUGGACAGUCCAGUCCCUCUACUACACUCUCCAGAGAGUCGCUGUGUCCUCCUACCCACCCUAGUCAAGGUACUGGUAGAUCAUCUGGAUAUAGUACUACCACGCACAAGCUUCAAGGCAGAGGAGCCUAGUAACACAGCCUGUAUGUCGUGUGUGGGCAGUCUACUAGGCAAGCUGUCAGAGGGAGGUCAGAGGUCAGAGGGAGGUCUCAACACAUGCUCUGAGGAUAUUGAGCACCUCAUUCCAUUACUGUACCCUGUACUGAGACUAUGCAAGCAACUACCAAAGUCCAAUCGUCUGCAUGGCAUGAAUUCGGUGAAUCUGAUUGGUCUAUUAGACGUCAUGCAAGACACACACUACAUGACGUUCUUUGGUACUCAAAAAGAUAUGUAUGGAAAUGAACUUAAGGUGACACUGAUGGACUUCAUGAACACACUCAAAGCAGUUAUUAAUGGAAAACUGUUCCCCAAAACUUGGGUCUCAAUGUACCUCAUGCAAAACAGAGUUAUAUCGAGGGCCCUCCACAACAUCUCCACUGCCCUCACUGACAACUUCCUGCGUCCCACAGUGUUCACACCUUCUGUGUGGGAUCACUACUUCAGCUUGUGUAGAGAAUUCCUUGUCCAGUCAAGUCUUCAGAUUGAGCAGUUUAGAGAUUACAGACAAACACAAUAUCAGCAACAGUUUGGUGACAUGCGGCUGAGUGUGGGCAGUCAUGUCAUGUCCAUGUGGCAUCGUCUCAAAGAACAGAAGGCAAAGUUCAUCCCGGAUCUGAUUGGUCCAUUUCUAGAGAUCACUCUAAUUAAACAACCUGAUCUAAGGAGAACGACAUUACCUGUUGUGUUUGAUAUUAUGAGAUGCGAGCAAGCCACCAGUGGUAACUUUAAACGUGUGGAAACGGAAGUAUUUGAUAAAAUGGAUGACCUUUUGUUCAAAGGUCGCGGGGACGAAGAGUACAAAGAAAUGUUCAGCAAUAUCCUAACUGCUGAGUCAGCAUCUAGUAAAGACCUGGUACAAAGUGGAACAGCUUUCAUUGACCUCGUUAGUCGACUCAUUGGCAUGUUGCUAGACUACCGGAGCGUUGCCGCUGACGACAGUUGCCAGGGGCGACGGAUGGGCUGUAUGCUCAACCUACUGAACUUCUACAAGGAGAUUGAGAAGCAUGAGCUGUACGUGCGUUACAUCUACAAACUAUCAGAGCUUCAUGAGAAGAGCCACAGCUACACAGAGGCAGGCUUCACACUGUUGCUGCAUGCAAGAGAGCUGGAGUGGUCUAGCAGUGCUGAGGAGAGAGUAGCAGCCGUGGGUAGAUAUCCUGAACAGACCUCCCUACAACGUAAGGAGCAGCUCUAUAUGGACGCAGUGAGGUUGUUCAAUGAGGGCAAGAGCUGGGAGUGUGGGAUCCCACUCUGCAAGGAACUGGCCACUCUGUAUGAGACUGAUCUCUACAACUAUAUAAAGCUGGCAAAAAUCUUAAAAAUGCAGGCCAUGUUCCACGAGCGUAUCAUUGACCUCCAUGAACUUAGAGUAGCCUCCGAGUACUUCAUGGUGGGAUACUAUGGACGGGGAUUCCCCCUAUUCCUAAGAAACAAGGUAUUCGUUCAUCGUGGUCAACCCUAUGAGAAACUGACCUCCUUUAUUAAGAGAUUGACUGAUGAGUUUGUGUCAGCUCAGAUCCUCAGAACAGUCACUCCUCCGGACAAUGAUAUUCAAAACUCUAGUGGAAUGCACCUACAAGUGCGCUCAGUGCAGGCUAUACCAGAGGAGCAGCCGCAGCUCAAGGGAAAGCAAGUCCCAGACAGAAUAAUAGAGUACUACAAGUCUAACGAGGUUCAAAGGUUCACUUACGAUCGUCCUUUCCACAAGGGCAAGAAAAACAAAGAGUGUGAAUUUGCUAGCCUGUGGAUAGAGCGCACCACAUUCACCACUGAUCAGAAGUUACCUGGAGUCAUUAGCUGGUUCGAGGUCUCCUCCACAGACACGAUUGAGAUGGACCCUCUGGCCAUAGCUCUGGAAACAGUGUCCUCUAAGAAUACAGAGAUACAGGGAAUGGUGGAUCAGUACAAGGUCAAUGCAGGCCUCAAUAUCAACCCCCUGAGCAUGCAGCUCAACGGGGUUAUUGAUGCUGCCGUUAUGGGGGGCGUGGCUAACUAUGAGAAGAUCUUCUUCAAUGUUGAGUACGCACAAACACACUCUGAGAACAACGGCCGUGUGAAACACUUAAGGGAGCUUAUAGAGGAGCAGACCAAGGUGUUGGAACAGGGGCUGCAAUUGCAUAGUCAGCGUAUUGACCCGAGUCUGAAGGGACUGCAUGAGAAGUUAGUGCAAUGUUUUGAAGAGUUCCAAUGCAUCGUUUAUCCUGAGAGAAGGGCUGCUGCUGUGGCUAAGAAAGCAACUGUAGCAAGGUCCAAGACCCUCUCACGACCUUUGCCCCCUGCGCCCUCUGUUGGAUCACCAUCUUCAUCCUCUACUCUCAUGCCAAAUCUCAAGCGACCAAUCAGAAGAGCCACAGGAAAGCCUGGCAAGAUCUCCACCUCCCGGCCACCCUCACAGAGCAUAUAUGAAGAGACCGAAUUCCUUCCUGUGGCACCCGUGAAACGCAGUGUCAGCAGUAUCUCGUCAGCUCGAAGCCCCGCCCCCUCACAACCGCCCCCUCGAUUAGGCACAUCACCCAUAGCGAUCAAGAAGCGAUUAUCGGCCAGUAUGAGCUCAGGUGGUAGCAGCGAGCAAUUGGAGCUAGUCAAUAAUAACAGGAGCUCCGUUAUUUCCAGUGGUGGCAGUACCGACGAUAUUACUGAUACUUACGAGCCAAUACAAGAUUAUCUGGUGGGGACCAGCGUUCCUGAGGACAAUGUUCGUAUGAGCAUUAUCUCCAUGACAACUGGCAACGCCCCUAAUUACCCUGCCCCGCCUCCUCCUGAACCCGAGGAUGACGACGAUGGGUACACAGAGGUCAGUGUGAUUAAAGGAGGGGGUGUGGCAUCUACAUUCACACAUAACCCAGACUGGGCGGAGCUUCCUCUCAAGACUGACCACGCCCACAAAGGAAGUCACUCCCCAGAACUGACCAAUCAAAUGUCUUCAUCACCUCAAGACAGUUCCCCAAAGAUGGCCGCCACUAAACACUCUCGAGCAAAGUUAUCACCAGAGCCAACAACUCCGCCCCCCUCCCCUCCACUGAUUGAGAUCACACCCACUAAUAGUGUAGCCACACCUCCUCAGCCACGCCCACCUGCACCAUUAACACAGCGGAGUGCUGUUGUUGAUAGUGGAGGUCCAAAAUUGCCUCCUAAGAAACGUUCACUCAUGAGCAGCCCUAGUGAUGAUAUCCCCAUAGCAACCAACAGUGCACAUGAACCUGGGGACAAUGUGUACUUUGAUCAUUUAGUGACGGGACCUCUCGAGAAAACCACACCCAUUUUAGAGAAGACCACACCCAUUAUAAUAGCGGCACCAGUAGAAGAUGCUGUGUACUUCGAUCAUCUUGUUGAACCACCGCUACCCGCAACGCAAACAACCAAUCAGAAUACAGCCAGCAGUAACGUGACAUUGAAUCAGAAUGAAGAUAAUGUGUACUUUGAUCAUCUUGUUACUGGGCAACCUGUCGUCAACGAUCAAAGGUCGUUGCCAGAGCAACCGGCAAGUGAUGAUGCUGUGUACGUCCUUGCUGGCCCCCCCUCUGAACCGCCCCCCAGACUGCCCUCUGAGCUACCCCCCAGACUUCCCUCUGAGCUGCCCCCCAGACUGCCCUCCAAGAGUGACAAGCCUCUACCCCGCACACCCAGCGAGGAGCAGCAAGCCCCACCCCCCACACGUAAGCUAGCCCCCUCCAUCCCUAAGAGUCUGAAGCCGUUGCCUGAAACACCACCUGAUGAUAGCUCUGUCUACUUUGAUCAUCUUCCAGCCCCACUCCCCACCUCCCCCGCACGUAAGCUUGCCCCCUCCAUCCCUCAGAGCCAGAAGCCAUUGCCUGAAACACCUGAUAAUGGCUCUGUCUACUUUGAUCAUCUAACAGGACCACCACCACCUCGAGCAAAGGUAGCCUCUCCACCCAAGAAGAAAUGGCCCCCUGGUCCAGACACUGCGGCUGUUGCUCCCCCCAUCCCUGUCAAGAAGAGACUAACAAUCCGCAGGGUCUCUGAGCCACCAUCAGAGGAGGAGCCACACCUCCCUAGUCGACCCGUGCCACGCCCCCUUAUAGAGGAGCCACUCCCACCUGUACCACGCCCCCUAGAGGAGUCAUACCCACCUGCCCGGCCAGUGCCACGCCCACGCACUGGUACACUCAAGAAGUCAGAGUCUUCAGAGAAUGUACCACCACGCCCACCUAAAGCAUCUUCUUCUGUUCCUUCACUGCCUCCAAAACCAAAACCAGUACGCCCACCGAAUAAUGGAGAUAGCAAGCCAGCUCCACCUGUACCAGUCAAGUCUCCAUGGAAGAAAAAUUAAUUAAUAUAACUUGUAGAUUUAAAUAAUAGACUGAUUCAGCUGUUUUUACUGGUAUUAAAUUCAUCUUUAGCAUCUCUUUGUAAGAUUGUGUGAAUAUAUAUAUUAUUGAUCAUUAUAAUGUUUGUAUUG